UGCUACUUGUUUGGCUCGCUCGCCGCGCCACACACCCCAAGAACCGAAAGCAAAUCAAGCUGUGACGUCACUUCACGGAGCGUGGAGCAUUAGCCGCCACCUUUCAGUAACACGAAGGCGAAGACGAAGGCGAAGGCGAGUUUCUCUUAUCGCCCCGUGUUAGUCCAGCUUCAGCGUCACUCUUAGCGUUUCGACGUUUCGUGGCCGUCCUCGGUGUCGCGCAUUGCGCCGUCAUUGAGUACACAGGCAGUCGACGGAAGAGCGUACGAGCCCGCGCACCGUGUCCUCACCUCAGCGCUUGUCCGACCGCCAACGGCUGGCCGAGUCGAGGGCUCGCGCGGCGCAGCAUGGACUCGCCCAUGGCGGCGGCCACGGGGCGCCAGAGAUCAUCCGCCGUCAAGAUGGUGCUGGCGGCGCUCUUUGUCGCCGUCUGCAUGUUCGUGUUUCAAUCUAGAGAUGCCACUCCCGUGCAGUUCCGCGUGCGCGAGGCGGGCGUGAAGCACGUGCUGGUGACGGGCGGCGCGGGGUUCAUCGGCUCGCACGCGACGCUGCACCUCCUCACGUCUGGCCACCGCGUCACCAUCGUCGACAAUCUGUCGCGGGGCAACUGGGGCGCGGUGCAGGUGCUGCAGCGCAUAGCGCCGGAGGGGCGCCUGCAGUUCAUCAAUGCGGACCUGGGGGACCCGCGCAAGGUGGAGGCGGUGUUGGCGGGCAACGCCAUUGACAUCGUCAUGCACUUCGCCGCCGUGGCGUAUGUCGGGGAGAGCAUGCAGGAGCCGCUCAGGUACUACCACAACGUGACGGCCAACACGCUGACGCUGGUGGAGGCCAUGGGGCGGCACGGCGUGACGCAGCUCAUCUACAGCAGCACGUGCGCCACCUAUGGCGAGCCCAAGAGCAUGCCCAUCACAGAGGACACGGUGCAGGUGCCCAUCAACCCGUACGGCAAGUCCAAGAAGAUGGCGGAGGACGUCAUCCUCGACUACGCGCGCGCCAACCCCCAACUCGCCGCCACCAUCCUCAGGUACUUCAACGUGAUCGGGUCGGACCCCAGUGGGCGGCUGGGCGAGGCCCCCCGGCCGGAGCUGCGGCACCACGGGCGCAUCACAGGGGCGUGCUUCGACGCCGCCAUGGGCAAGAUAGAGGGGCUCAAGGUGAUGGGCACGGACUACCCCACGGCGGACGGCACAUGCAUCCGCGACUACAUCCACGUCACGGACCUCGUGAACGCGCACGUGGUGGCCAUGAACCACCUCACGCCCGGCACCGUCAACAUCUACAACGUCGGCACCGGCAAAGGCUACUCGGUGCGUGAGUUUGUGAACGCGUGUCUGAACGUCACGGGGGCGCCCAUCAAGGUGAUCGAGCAGAAGAGCCGGCGGCCGGGGGACUACGCGGAGGUGUUCAGCGACCCGUCCAAGAUCUACCGCGAGCUAGGGUGGAAGGCCAAGUACGUGGACCUCAGGGAGUCCCUCUCCAUGGCGUGGCGCUGGCGCCGCCUCCACCCCGAUGGCUACUGACCGCAGCUGAACGCUGCAAGCUAAGAAUCUACAAAUUAGGGUGCAUUCACUCUGCGAAAGUGUGUUCGUUUAUAAGAAUAAGCAUUUGUUAUUGAUAUUUCGGCCUAAGCAUACAUGUGUGGAAGACGCAGGAGCU